CUCCACCCGCCAAAACACCCUUCAUUUACUAUUAUGAAUAUCGAAGAUGAUUACGAUGUCUACAUUAAAUCCAAAGUUUCAUUUUCCAUGACCCCAUCAAUGACUUCGUCGUUAACUUCUAUUCUACUCUUGGUCAAUCACCACGCAUCCAGGUUGAUUUUAAAUCCAUGCUCUGUGUAAUUCUAGAGAGAGAAACAGCAUAUUCAUCGAAGGAUAUUUCUGUAAAUACAUUAAUCGAAUCAGUAACAGCGCUGUAUUAUUCCGAGUCAACUCAGUUGGUGGAUCGGAGGUUUCGUGAAUCGCUUCUCGUCUAUGGUUGUUGUAUUGUUGUUGAGUUCUUGAUUAAUCCACGUUGAUUUCGCGGCCGUGAAGAAUCGAAGGGUUUCACCUUCGUGUUUGUAAAUACAUGAUGGAGCAUUUUAGAUUAGAGAGGCAUCAAUUGCUGACUUUGACGUUAAUCAUCUGUUUACAGUUUCAGAAUUUGAGUUCCUGCUUCUCUCUCAAUGAUGAAGGUUUUUCUUUACUUAGAUUUAGAGAUAGAGUGAUAAAUGAUCCAUCUGGGGCUUUGACAAAUUGGAAUGAUGAUCUCGGGGUGACGAAUCCAUGUUCCUGGUUUGGUGUAGGCUGCUCCAAGGGACAUGUUAUCUCUUUGAACCUUAUAAAUCUUCGUCUUCGAGGAACACUUGCUCCCGAUCUUGGAAAUCUAUCUCGCCUGAAGUCCAUAAUUCUCCGGAAUAACUCAUUCUAUGGUACCAUCCCUGAAAAGAUCAAAAAAAUGAAAGAAUUAUUGGUGAUGGAUCUUCGGUACAAUAAUUUUUCUGUAACACUUCCAUCUGAUCUUGGGAAAAGUAAAUCACCAACGAUUAUAUUACUAGACAACAACAAGCUUCUCGAUGACAUUUCUCCUGAUCUUCAACAAGAAGUUAAAUCCCACCGGAAACUGCUACAAGACGAAAAUAUACCUGUUCCGGCACAGCCACUUCCACCUUUUCGAUUUCCAUUUCUGUCAUCACCACCACCAUCACCAUCUCCAUCUCCACCCCCUUCGCCAUCACCAGUGACGUCACCAUCGCCGUCUCCUUCUCCUGAACCCUCAACUGUACCAAAUCAAACCCUCCCUCCCGCCCCUUCCACAAUCUCCGAGACUCCACCUUCCGUUCCUCCUCCAAUUCCCCAACAACAAAAGUCUAAAUCGAAGAUUGAUCCUAUUAUAAUAAUAUCUAUUGCUAUUGGAGGCUCUGCUUUUAUCGGUAUCGUGGCUCUAAUGUUAUGGCGAGGUAAUAAAGUAGCCACUGUGAGGCCCUGGGCCACAGGACUAAGUGGGCAGUUGCAGAAAGCAUUCGUCACUGGUGUACCAAAGCUAAAAAGAUCCGAGCUUGAAGCAGCUUGUGAAGAUUUCAGCAAUGUAAUCGGUUCAACUUCAUCUGGGACUAUAUACAAAGGAACAUUAUCCAGUGGGGUUGAAAUCGCUGUUGCUUCUGUUGCUCCACCUUCCGUUAAAGACUGGUCAAAACACCUCGAAAGCCUCUUCAGAAAGAGGAUUGACAUGCUAUCGAAGGUGAACCACAAGAAUUUUGUCAACCUCCUUGGUUAUUGUGAAGAAGACACACCUUUCACCAGAAUGGUCGCAUUCGAAUACGCACCCAAUGGAACACUUUUUGAACAUUUACAUAUACAAGAAGCGGAGCAUUUAGACUGGGGAAUGAGGAUGAGAAUCGCAAUGGGAAUGUCGUAUUGCCUCGAUUACAUGCACCAAUUAACGCCACCUGUCGCCCACAAAAACCUAAACUCAUCAUCUGUAAACUUAACCGAAGACUACGCAGCUAAAAUAUCCGAUUUCGGUCUAUGCAAUGAUUCAUCCAUGGCAAACACGGAACCAACACCGGAAAGUAACGUUUACAGCUUUGGAAUUAUAUUGUUCGAGAUGAUUACGGGUAGAAUUCCUUAUGCCGGAGGUGAUAAGAUCGAUGACUGGGCGUUAGACUUUUUAAGAGGGGAAAAUCUGAUGACGGAAUUGGCGGAUCCGACUUUGGAUUCCUUUGACGCGGAUCAACUUGAAGCAUUUGGUAAAGUGAUAAGAUCUUGUGUUGAUUCCGACCUUAAAAGGAGGCCGGAAAUGAGAGAAGUUACUUCCAGACUAAAAGAGAUAACGAGAAUAGCACAAGACGGAGCCACACCGAAAAUUUCCCCUCUUUGGUGGGCCGAACUUGAGAUACUGUCGACUGAAGCCACGUAAAGACAGUAAGGCUGUAUUUGUUACACAGGACAUGACAGAACUGGACAUGAGUCUUGUCCCACUUUUUUUGGGUGAGACAUCAUUGAGUCAUUGACAUCGUGUCUCAUCCUAUCUUUUUUGGUGAGAUAAGAAAUUACAUUUUUGUUUCAUUGACAUCAAUGUCUCUCUUGGUCCUUGGUCUAAGUUAAAUGCAUGAUCAAUGAAGUAUCUCUGUUCAGUUGAGUCGUGUCUUGUGUAAUAAAUGAGGCCUAAGCAUGUACUUGUUUUUCGUUUUGUAAACCGAAUGGAUUAAGAACAUAUACAUAUAUAUAAAUCUCUAUAUAUGGUAGAUGUACAUAGAUAGAAGAAAGAGGCUGUUGUUGGGAGAGUUUGAUGUGUGUGAGUUUAGGAGAAACAAAAAAAGGAGCAUCUCCUACAGUAAUUUCAUUCUUUAAGACUCAGGUAUAUUCUACCUUCUUUCAAUUUCCUUGUACCACUGUUAACAUUUGUUUUUAAUUCUGUUUGAGAAAUUUCAUAGAA